AUGAACUUGAUCGAUCUCUUCAAAAGCGGGCCCAUCAAUCUAGGCCUGUUAUCUCUGAAGGACGAGCCUAUCGAGAGCUAUACUGGCGGAGGGAACGCAGAAGAUUCUGAAGCUAACUACGAGUUCGACUACCCCGAUAGUGAGAGGUCCGUUCAGCCGAGAGAUAGCGACUCUAACGGCGAAUUAGACAACGAAGAUCGAAUGGAUCAAGCCAGUGACGAAGAAUACGAAGGACAAUCGCUGCUUCAUCGGGCAACUGCCAGGGCCGAUUACACGAUGGCUAAGCUUCUUUUCGACCACGGGGCGGCCGUAAACCAGAGAGAUCAGAACGGAAGAACAGCGUUGAUGGCGAAUGCUGAUAGGGAAAACGAAAGAGUGCUCAAGCUGCUCCUUACUUACGGUGCAGAUACCAAUCUCACACAGCGCGAAGGCUGUCAUGAGCUGUACGAGGCAGCAGUGUACGGUGCGACUGAGGUCGUCAAAUUCUUCCUGGAAAAUGGCGUAAACCCUCCUAUCACUAAUAACUUCGGAUGGACACCACUCCACGGCGCCGCUGCCAACGGACAUUUAGACUGUGUUCGCCUUCUUCUCGACAAAGGAGCGGAGCCUUCGCCGAUAUCAGACACAGGCAAAACGCCUCGUGAUUUUGUUCAUCUCGGGCAAAAGCACUACGAUCGUAUCCUGGCAGGCGAAGAGCACUAUAAGGCGCAAGCACUCAAGGCCAGAGAAGUGAAUGCAGAGGACCCGAUAUGGCGCAAAGAUGAAAUCUUGCACUUGCUCGAGGAGAAAGGAGCGCUGACGUCUGAUGAGCUCUACAGGAAGAAGGGGGGGGGGCUUCAAAUAUGGCGAAGGUGGACAGUACAGCCACCGAAGCUGGCAGCGUGA